AUGGCGAAUACAUACGUGUGUCAGCUACUUCCUGUUAGGCCAGUCUUCAUGGAAAUCAGCGUUAUAACUUACAUCCAAGGAUGGGCGAGUAUAUUAAUUGUUGCUGCACAAAACGGCCCUCUCUGUUAUAACUGUGACAGGCUUCCUAAGCAACGUGAUUGUAACACAAUCGUCCAGUGCGGACCAAAUGAGAGUUGCUAUGGUGAACAUUACCUCGUUUCCGGUGCAAUUCAGGUGUUUCGAUCAGGAUGUACAGCUCAUUGCUCUGGUAAAAAGAAGAAAUCCGAUAUAACUCUGUGUAAGUCGUGUUUUCAGAAGGCCGCCAAAAGCGAAUCCCGCGAUCAAGCUGUAGACUCGGUGAAGUGCGAUGUCGAACGUGCCGCGCGCUUUUGUAAUGUCACAGAGUUGGGUAAACGGUGCCUCGCUUGUGAUGACGUCAUAGAUCCGGUAAUGUGUACACGUGACAUACAAUGCGAUGGCGACCAGAUGUGUUAUACAGAAGAAAUUUAUAAUGUUAACAAAGAAAAGAGAUAUCGUCUAGGCUGUGCACCGAAAUCGAGCUGUGGAUACCUCAAUACUUUACAAGUAGGUCGGCGUUACGUGACGAGUAAAAGCCAAUCACGGGCGACUUCGUCAUACUGUGGGCAGUGUUGUGAUACUGGGAGGAACUGUAACAGGGAUUUAUGUCGGAGAGACGCCGUUGGGUACGAUCUGCUGUUUCCGCCUCCUCUACAGAACUGUUUUGACUAUGACAGUUCCCAAUGCGCAAGUCUAAAAGCUUCUGAUCCAUUAGCGUGUAAUGAUCGGACGGUUCGCUACCUCAUGUGUCCCAGGAGCUGUGGUGUCUGUUCGAUCACGACCGUCAAACCAAGUACAACAGUGACUCCUACCGGACAGUGUCCGCCAAAAUUUGAACUACAACGGUGCCAGGUGAUUGAUUGUGGUAUAGGUCUGUGUGCUAACCCUGUACUAAGACCCCUGUGUGCUGACUACUGUUCAGGAUCCUGUCUGGCUAUCGAUUGUUCAAAUACUAAAUUUGCGAAUACCUAG